AUGCACCCUGCGCGGAGAACACUGUCGUCUGCUAGCACUGUCCGACCCGUCUGCUCUCCCCGCGCUUUGUCGUUGCUCGCCUAUCCUCGUCCUCGGAUCGCUCAUGUGGGGAGCAGUCUGUACAGCGCGCAGCACGCGGGUGGCAGUUUGCGCAGGCAUGAAGGAGCGAGACGGGGCUUCUUCGGAGUGGGCGAGAUCCUGGGCGUCUUGACGAAUCCGCAGGAGGUGUUGCGUUCGUUGACGGAGUCGAAGAAGUUGCUCGAGGAGGCUCGCCAGGAGCUGCGAGAGGCGCAAGAGAGGGCACAGAUCCCGACCUCGCACACCUUCUCCCCCUUGCCCGGGUUCUUCGAGCGACCAAACGAGAUCCGCGCCGUGGAGCGGGCCCUCGGCUCCGUACCCGCCUUCACCGUCCUCUUCGGCGCCUCUUCAGUUGGAAAGACCGCGCUGUUGCGCCAGGUCCUCUCGUCAGAUCGCUUUCACGUCCUCCACUUCGACCUCCGCAUCGCCGGUUUCGCCGACCUAGCCUCGCUCCACUCUUCACUAUCGGCUCAACUCGAGUCGUACUUUGCGGCGAUACCGGAACUGAUGGCUGGGAAGAAGUGGGGAUGGGACGACUUUGCCAGAGAGGCGCUUGCCUUCAAGUACGAGUCGCAGGAGGUACGCAAGCGGGUGGAGAGCGGCGGAGAGGUCAAGACGAGCGAUAUCGCCCACUUGCUCGAGCUGUUCCAGAGCGCCCUCCUCUCGUACUGGAAUUUCAAGCCAGAACUCCCGGGCGAGGACAAGGAGAAGGAGCGCGAGGACUCGAAGGAGCGCAGGGCAGCCGGUACCCGGAUCCGAGUCGCUCCUGACACGACAGCUCAAGCAUUUCGACGAGGCGGCGUACCUGAACCAAAGGGCAAGUCGCCUGGCGACGACUUGAUGGCUGCGCGGAGCGUGCCAGAGGAGGAGCAGAAGCGUGCUGAGGCUGCCAAGGAGGGAACAGAGGAUGAGAAGGAAGUGGAGGAGCAGCCGCCUCCGCGGCGGAUACCGGUCUUCUUCCUGGACGAAGCCCACAAGCUGCCGGCACUCAUAUCGUCGACGGAUGCUAUGAAGGCUUUCCUAGACGCCGUCUUGGUCUUGACGAAGCAAGACCGUCUAUGUCAUGUCCUGCAUGCGACGAGCGACUCCUUCUACCUCCAUUGGCUUAGACAACUAAACGUCAUGCAGCACGCCUGCAUCCUCAGCGUCGGCGAUGCGGCAAAGGAUGAGGCUAGACGCUACUUCGACGAGGUCCUCCUUCCGCAUGUCCCUGACAAGCUGAAGAACAAGAUUUCCUUUGACUCCGUCUACCCGGUCUUUGGCGGCAAGCUCGCCCACUUGUCCGACUACGUCAACGAAUUCGUCAACUCGGACGGAGUCGUCACUCCGCUCCACUCCAGCCAUUUCCUCCAGGCUCACUCGCUCCUCAACCUCCACCUCAUCCAUUCCGCACCCACUUCUCCCGGCGACGAAGACUCCCCCUCGCAAGGGUUCCAGAUCUACUCGAGCCUGCGAAGCGCCUCUCCUCACGCUUCGCCAUCUCCUUUCGGCGACGCCGAUUCCGGCUCCGACUUUCGCUCAUCGGACCUAUUGCGCGUCAUGCAGCGACUGCAGCCCGGCCAAGAGCGCGCCCUCCCCUACUUCCCGCUUUGUCGGAGGCUCGGUGCAAAGGCGGUCGACGGAAUGGUUCGCGGACGGAUCCUCGAGCUGCGCUGGAACGCCACGAUCACGGAAGAAGGCGAUCCUCUGACAGCGGAGGAGCGGGAGAAGCUGCGCGGGUCGUAUCCGCUCGUCGUGCCGACUACACCGGUCGUGCGACGAGCGUUUGGCGAGGUAUUGAAGGAGUACGAGCGGGAAGGAUACAAGCUUCCCGAAGGCGUGUGA